AUGCCCCCUGGAAGGAUGGUUGGAGAAACAACACGCACAGACCUUGCUGAUGUGCCAAUUACUGACUAUGAAAAAGAGAGGGCUCUAAAUGUGAUGAGGAACAACAACAUGUUGAGAAGCCUUGGUAUAACUGGAUUAACAUCACUUAUUCGAUCAAGUAAAACAAGGAAGAACUCUAUCGCUCAUGAUGACUUUGUUUCAUUGUAUGAACCGGAUCAUAAUGAAGACAAUGAUCAUCAUGUGGCUGAUCAGGAUGUACCUUUAAACUGUCAAAGAAGGAACACCAACAUGUCUACUGUUUCUGGAGGAACAAAAGGAUCCAAGAGAGUGCUAGCACCUAAUGCAGAAGACCAAGUUCGCAGAGUAACUAGACAGAAGACAAAGGAAAUAUCUUCAGCUGAUAAAGAUCUUCAUGGUUCGACUACAAAUACAGAAGAGCAUGCAUUGAUUUCUGCCAAUUGUUCUACACAACAUGAUGACGAGAUUCAGAUUUGUGAUGAAGGGAAGAGACGUCCAGAGGUUCCUAUGCAAGCUGCAAUGCUUGCAUCGGAAGGAGGAAUUGCAAUUAGGCAACAUAUGCCGAUCCUGACACACUGGAAGGAAUACAAGAAUGACAAGUCCUAUUUGGAAGACUUCGUCGGAAGAAUUGGUGGUCAAUUUGCCGUAGACACCAAAAACAAAGAUGUCAGAUAUGCAUGUGCUGAUUUGAUGAGGUGUAAUCAGCGACAAAUGAGAUAUAAGCUCAAAAAGGCUUACUUUAAUGGUGUGGCAGCAGACAAAGUGAGAACAACAUCACCGUUGAGUACUAUGACAGAUGAGCAAUGGAUGCAACUAGUGAAUAUGUGGUCUACCCCAAAGCACAAGGACAAGUGUGUGAACAACAAAGUGAUUCGUGGCAAAGUUCGGUUCCAGCAAAAGACAGGAUCUCGGAGUUACAUUGCACAUAUGCAUGCCGUGAAGCAAGCCAAAUAUGGAGAUGCACCACCAAGUGCAAUUGAUCUUUUUAAAGAGUGCCAUUGUAGCAGCAAGACUGGUUUUGCUGAGCAUGUAAAGGAAGCAAUUGACACAAUGGAAGCACUUGUGGCUGAACCUGGAGUAGAAGGGAAAGAAUCUAAGACCCCUACAGAAGCAGUUGCUCAAGUGUUGGCUUCAUCAAAAUUUCUUCAAAAUAUUGGUCUUGUACCUGCCACAAAGAAAAGCAGCAAUGGUUCUGAUCCUACACGUAUGGCAGAACUUGAGGCAGAACUUGAAUCAGAGAAACAAAACUCAUUAGAGGUUAGAGCUCAGUUAAAUGCCCUCAAGAAGAAGGUAGAAGAAUCAGAAGAAGCAAGGGCUAAGGAGUUAGAAAAGAUUAAUGAUCUACAAAAAGGAGCAGAUGAGACCAAUGCUCUCCUUCGUCGUCUCUUUAGCCUCAAUAAGUAGU